CGUAACGGGGCGUGGCGGAAGUGUGGCCGGGUCGGGGAUCGGUCUGUCGGUCCGUCCGCGGUACCGGGGGGUCGGUGUGGCCGCCUCUCCCGCAUGAGCCUCCCCCGGGAUGAGCUCCAAGGCCAAGCGGGUGCUGCCCACCCGCCCUGAGCCCCCCAGCGCCGAGCAGAUCCUGGCCGACAUUCAGGGCGCCCCCCCGACCGACCCCAUCUUCAUCCUCCCCCCCGAGCCCCCCCAGGARCACGGCCCCGCUCCAGGCUGYCCCGAGCCCGCGGCCGAGGAGCGGGAGCGGCUYUACCGGCAGAUCCGCUCCUACGUGGGGAUGAACCAGCGGCUGCAGCGAUCCCGGGAGCUGCUGCGGGAGCGGCGCCGGGAGCUGCAGAGGGUCGGAGAGGCGCUGGAGCGGGAGGUCGCGGAGAUGAGGCAGAAAGCGUUCUGAGGGACCCUGGUGGGUUUCACUUUCCCCGGUUUGCAUUUGGAGAAUCUGGAUUUGUCAGGACAUUUCCGGCCGUGCCACCUCCGUGACCUUUUUCCCYGAGUCCACUGGUGCAGGAACCAAGGCUUGGACCCCACCUUUUUGUCCCUGAGCUGGCUGCCAUGUCCCCCGUGGSUGGCACAUCCUCUGCCCCUUACGACUUUUCCCUCUGGUACUUCCCUGAGGACGACCACGUCGCCUCCCGCAUCGCGGAGCGCCUGAGGGAAGAGGGCUUUCGGGGCUUCACCGAGCACCAGGACCAAGUGGCCGGCACAUCGGUCAUCCUGUCAGCCAUGGAGGCCAUCGAGGCCAGCCGGGUGGCCAUCCUGCUCCUCUCGGCCAAGUCCGUGGGUGACCCGUGGUGCCAGCGCGUGUCACAGUGGAAUCUGUUCCGCAAUAUCCACCAGCGCRGCACCAGGGUGCUCCCCGUGUGCGUGGGGGUGACCAAAGCCCAGCUGCCCCCGUUCCUGCAGCACCUCGUCCCGCUGGAAUACCAGAAUGAGUUUUUCUUCCAGCGGCUCCUGGACAGCCUGAGGAGCCGCCCAGGGAGCGGGGCCAGGCGUGUCCCACCCGAGGGGACACGCUGAGGGACCAUUGGGGUGGCCGGGUCGGGGGACACCACUGCCCCGCGGUGAUGGUGGCAGGAAAACUGUCCUGUUUUGCUAAUAAAGGUGAUGGGGCAAAUUU